AUGAGGGAGGAGCAAUCACCUGCCGAAGGUCGGGCUCCCACUACUGGGCCAUCCCUGCCGACCGUCAAGCUCGACACAACCCUCGCCGACCUCUACCGUCAGGCAGCUCCCCGAAAGAAAGCUCGCCGCAUCGCUCAGGUGCUCUGCGGCGUGAACUCAGGUCUUCCCCUCUCAGCCAAGUUCCCGCGAAAUACAAAGUAUCUCUACCAGGACUCGCCCUUCAACACAACAACCGCCAAGGCCCCAUCUUGCCCUGACGAAAAGGCCGCUCUUACCCGUGAGCUUGCCAUGAAGUAUCUGUCUCUGAUCCCUCAACGCGACGCCUUCAUCUCGGGCUCAGCGCCCGUCAUACUUUUCCACAUUGACCACGACGAUCCGGCCCAGGUCGAACACGACCGCGCCGAGGCUGAAGCUACCAUCUCCGUACUGGCUGCUGACCAGAAGCCCGAGCUCGUGUUCUGCGCCGGGCCAGCAGACAUCCCCGUCCAAGAGAAGGGCAUCGACGUCAUUGCGUAUAAGCUCAUGGUCGAUGGCCUGGAGAGGUAUGACCUUCUCGUGCAGCCGGACGUGCACUGGUUCGUCAACUCGAAGGACGCCCUCGCAAAGUCUGGUCUGCCAACGCCAAAGUGCGAGAUCAUCGACCUCGAGGGUCACGGCGGGGCGAAGCGCGGCUGCUGCGAGGUGUGCGUGAGCGGCGGCGACGGCGAGGGGAAUGAGUUUGUCAUUCCGGUCGCGUGCGAGGGAGCGAGGGGCCAAUGGUUCGCGCAGGAGAGCGAGAGAAUUCUGCAAAAGAUUGUACAGAGGAGCCUACCUUUCGUUCUGAAGAACCAGCAAACGUUCGGAGGAGCAGGGACAUAUGUGGUCAGGACAGAGGGGGAGCGUGGGAAGGUAGUUGGUGAUCUUCGAGAGGGGGUUUUGAGAAAGCUCAUGUCGAGCGUGACGGAAGCGAAUGCGCAUCUGCGGCCGGGCGCCCUCAUUCUGUCCGACCUCGUCGAUGAGCCGAUUGGGGACUACGGCCUGACGUUUUUCGUCACGGAAGAAGAGGCAGAGCCUGUAUUUCUUGCGGCAUCGGAGCAGAUGAUUGGGAGGGAAACGCCUGGAUCGGCAGCACGAUCAAUUAUCGACGCCAAGAUGAGCUCAAGAAAAAGUUCACCAAGCUAG